UUAUAGAGUGGAUGAAGAAUCAGCUGAACAGUAUAGGAUUGUUUCAUUCUGUUGAAGCUAUUUAUACAGGUGGAGCAAUCCAAUGGAGUUCGGACGGGAAAACAUUGUUUUCAGCUUGUGGCAACUAUAUCAGGGCUUCGAAUGUUGAUAAUGGAAGCGAAAGUUACAAGAUUGGGGAUGAAGAGGAUCUGUUAAGAGUAUCAACUUUCUUGUUGAACGAGGAUUGCAAUUCCAUCAUUGUGGCUUAUACUAAUGGUCUUUUACGAAAUUAUCGAUUAUUUCCGCAAGAAAAUGGAUCUGAAGUAGUAAAUCCUGUGAUAGUUCGUCAAUGGAAGUCAACUCAUACGGCACCGGUUUUAGUCAUAAGAUUUUCCAGAGGUGACACGUUACUUGCUACUGGAUCAGCUGAUUUUGUUGUCAAGGUUUGGAAUCUCGAAGAACGCAACUGUGUUGGUUCAUUAAAAGGUACAAGCGUUGUAAGUGCUAUCGAAUUUCUCCAUAAAUCUCGUGUAGUGGUUGGCUAUACUGAUGGCAGCUCAUCAUUAUUCUGUUUGGAAAAUUCAAGGAAACUGGUUUUUCGAUGGACUAACCACACAAGCCAGAUUGUCAGCAUAAUUAUUCGACAGCUACCGGAAGUUGUUUUUAUGAGUCGUGAUCAAACGCUUUCAAUCGUUAAUGUGGAUAGUUAUGAAAAAAUGAAAGUGCUUCCCUUGUAUGAGCCGAUCGAAGCAGCAGUUCUUGUGUCUGAAUUGUUGUUCACAGUGGGAGAGGAAGGUAUUUUGAAAUGUUGGAAUAUGGAAAAUGCAAAAUUGCUAAGGUCUGCAAGUAUAUGUGGGUCUCGCAUUAAUUCUAUUAUUUAUAACCAAGUCUGCAAAAAAUUUCUUUUGGCUACCUCGGAUUUCAACGUUUUUUGGGUCGAUGAGGAAACUUUCAUAAUUGAGCGGCAGUUUGCUGGUUUCAAUGAUGAAAUUUUUGAUGUUUGUUUUUUUGGACCGAAACUGGAAUACUUGAUUGCUGCCACAAACAGUUCUGAAUUACGUUUUUAUAAUAUAAAUACUUGGUCUUGUCGUCUUAUUACUGGUCAUACUGACAGUGUUUUAUCACUCUCAACUGCACCAUGGAAUCCAAAGAUUUUUACCAGUUCUUCUAAAGAUAACACUUUUAUUAUUUGGCAUGUGGACUUUAACGACGGUGAAGAAAUAAAAGUGGAAAAGGUAGGUUUAGCUACUGGACAUACGAAUAAUGUCACAUGUGUGCGAUAUUCCAACAGUUCCAAGCAUCGUUUCGUCGUUUCAGUAUCAAACGAUACAACGAUCAAAUUAUGGCCACUAAAAAAUUUCAAGGAAAGAAUGGAAAAUUUGAAACUGCAGUCGUCAGCAACAUUAGUUGCCCAUGCAAAGGAUAUAACUUGCUUAGAUAUUAGUUUGAAUGACCGUUUGUGUGUUACUGGUUCCAUGGACAAGACAGCGAAGUUGUGGCAUAUUGAUACUGAUAAAAUGCAUUUUACUAUCGGUGGCAUGUUAAGUGGCCAUCGCCGUGGAGUUUGGGAUGCUCGUUUUUCACCGUGCACUCAGACUGUGAUAACAUGUAGUGGUGACUGUAUGAUCAGGAUAUUUUCGCUACCAAGUCGGGAUUGCAUCGCUACAUUAGCUGGACAUCCGUCUGCCGUACUUAAUGGUGUUAUAGUGAAUGGUGGGAAACAGAUAAUAUCUGCGGAUAGUGGUGGCUUACUUAAAAUAUGGGAUAUUGCCUCCAAUGAAUGCAUCGCAACGGUAGAAGCACAUGAUGAGAAAAUAUGGGCUUUACAAGUAGCAAAUGACGAAAGCCGACUUGCUACGGCGAGUAGUGAUGGACGAAUAAGAAUUUGGGAAGAUAUUUCUGAAAAAAAACGCGAAGAAGAAGAACGUAAUCGAGCAGAAAAGGCGCAUAGUGAACAAAUUCUAGCAAAUCUGAUGCAACAGAAUCAUUACGCCGAAGCUUUAGCGUUUUCGCUGACAUUGGCAAGACCGUACAGUUGCUUGAAAAUAGUGCAGGGAAUGAUAGCGCUAAAAUCAGAUGAAUUGCACUGUGCUGUCAAAAAAUUACGAGAAGAAGAGUUGGUGGUACUAUUGGACUUUGCCGCCCAGUGGAAUACAAACAGUCGAACAGCAGAUGUUGCUCAGCUAGUGCUUUAUUGCGUUUUGCAUUCGUUCUCUCCCAAGCAGUUAUUAAAAAUGCCUAACUUUGCUUCAAUGAUAGAAGCAUAUAUUCCAUACACAACCAGGCACUUCGAUCGCUUAACAAGAGCCCGGCAAAAUGCCGCAUUUCUGGAUUAUACUUUAGCGCAAAUGUCUCUCUCGAAUUUAUAAAUAAUUUUUAUUACAUUCUUGAUAAUGGCAGCAGAGUUAAAUUGUUAAAAAUGAUUUUACUACUUGUUUUUCAUUGGUUGAUCUGUUUGAACGUGUCAUGCAGCUGUG